AUGCAUGUGCUGGAGAUCUGGCGGGCGCUGUGCGUUCUUGGCAUCGUGGGUUCAUCUUUGUGUGUGAAUGAGGUUGAGUACGAGGGGAACUACGCAGACAACUAUGACAACGAGAUCUCUCAGGGCCAGCAGGAGGUUACAGGAGAGUCUCCUACCACGCCAUGCAAUGCAGAAUUCACCCGCUGGGACAAGCUUUUCAUCGCUCUGGAGGACUCCCACAUGAGACAGAACAUGCUGCUGGAAUCUAUGGAGCAGUGCUGUGGAGGAAUGUUCUCUCUGAGGAACCAGGUGGACAAGCUGGCCAAGGGAACGUGCCAGCAGUGCGUACCCAGCCUGGAGUCGGCGUGCAGGGCACAAGCAGAGCAGGCAAGUCUCAGGCUUCAGCGAGGCUUGGUGGAGCUCAGAGAGGAGGAAGCGGAGAGGGAGAGGAGGUUCAACGCCACCUUUCACAUGCUCCUGCGCAGCAGCCAUGAGGAGAAUGCCCGGCUGAAAAGGCUGGAGGAAGCGUUGCCAUCCGGGCCAGCAGACGGCAGGAUGGGAAACCAGCCAACCAUGAGACCUGGAGGUUUGGGAGCAGCGUUUGGCUUGGGGAUGAAACCGUUCCCAUCUGGCCUGAAGGAGCAGGAAGUGACUUCACCACUGGACAUGGCCACAAUGGAAAGGGCUCUUGUUGCUAUAGCAACAGAUCUGCAGAGGAUUCACCUGCAGCUGAGCAAAGUGAUAGAGGAGGCAGGAACACUGAGGAAGAACAGAGGAGACACAUGAAUUGCCCAGAGGGGAAGCCUAACAAAAAAAGCUUGACUGGGAACACUCUGUUAAUGAUAAUCAUUUUGCACAUGUUUAUUUUUUAUGUUUCUUUUCUUCGAGAACCUUUUUUUUAUAGCUGAACUUGUUUGUGUCUGGUGACAAUGAACUUAAAUGUACCAUAAAUAUUGUGGGUUUGCAAUAAUGAAUAAAAGUUAAUUGAACAAACCAAA